AUAAGAAACUGUGUCUCUCUUUUUGCCUUCUCUUGACCUUUUUUUCUCUUUCCAGAAACGCAUGCUUUAAAAUCUGUGAUAACGUCAUCCUCCUUGUCCAAUUGGAAGUUUUCUGCUCUCUAAACAAAUUAAAUAUUAAACCACACUAAUUAAUACUUAAAUUUUUAAUCAUGCUUGUUUAUAAGGGAAACCCCGUUCUUGAUGCAUCAUUUCUACCAUUCACUAACACAAGACAACAUCAUUAGUGCAACCCUUUAGCUGUCCAAAUUUCUUGAUGGACCCUGUACAAAAUAGAGGACUACCUAGCUAGCUAAGCUCCAACUAUCUCUUGGUUUUUAUCAAAAAAAACACAACUUUCUCAUGAUUUUGUUCCCUUUUCCUCCUCACCUUCUUUCCUCUUCUAGCCUUCAUCAUAAAAAAUAAUUUUAUGUGAAACAAUUAAUUAUGGGGUGUUUUGUUUUAUAAUUAACACGCCCUUAUUUUCCUAUCUUAGAUAUAUGUAUGUAUGCAUCAUCAACGGUUGUUAUGAUGGAGUCAAUGGAGUCGUGUGUCCCACCUGGAUUCAGGUUUCAUCCGACCGAUGAAGAGCUUGUUGGCUAUUAUCUAAGGAAAAAAGUUGCAUCGCAAAAGAUCGAUCUUGAUGUUAUUAGAGAAAUCGAUCUUUACAGAAUUGAACCAUGGGAUCUACAAGAGAGAUGCCGGAUCGGAUAUGAAGAGCAGAAUGAGUGGUAUUUCUUUAGCCACAAGGAUAAGAAGUAUCCAACAGGGACAAGGACUAAUAGAGCAACCAUGGCGGGCUUUUGGAAGGCGACCGGGAGAGACAAGUCAGUUUAUGACAAAACAAAACUCAUUGGCAUGAGGAAAACCCUUGUCUUCUACAAAGGAAGAGCCCCAAAUGGGCAGAAAACUGACUGGAUCAUGCAUGAAUACCGGCUUGAAUCCGAUGAAAAUGGUCCUCCACAGGCAAGCUUAUCAACUUAUGUCACUCUACCCCCCUCCCCUCCUCAAUUGAUAUGUCAUACAAUAAAGGAAGAAGGAUGGGUAGUUUGUCGUGCAUUCAAGAAGCGAACUACUGGCCAAAACAAGAGCAUUGAAGGAUGGGACUCAAGCUACUUCUAUGAGGAAUCAAGUGGGGUUAGCUCAGUGGUGGAUCCUAUGGAUUAUAUAACAAGGCAACCACAAAACUUUUUGGCUCAGAAUUUCUUGUGUAAGCAGGAGAUAGAAGGAGAUAACUUAAGUUUUAUGCACUCGGAAAAUUUUGUACAGCUUCCUCAGUUAGAGAGCCCAUCCCUGCCAUUAAUAAAGAGGCCAACCUCAUCAGUAUCUUUGAUAUCAGAGAAUAACAACAGUAACAAUGAAGUGGAAGAGCAAAAUAGAAUGUUGUCCAACAACAGCACCCAGAAGGUAACUGACUGGAGAGCCCUUGACAAGUUUGUUGCUUCUCAGUUGAGUCAAGAAGAUAGAUACGACGGUGAUGGUGUUUCAAGCUUUGUUGGAGCGGAAAAUAACUCAUCAGAUAUGUCAUUGCUGUUAUUGCAGAGUGGAAGAGACGAAGGGAACAACAAAUUUAAUGGAUUCUUAAAUUCAAGUCCUGACUGUGAUAUUGGAAUAUGCAUAUUUGAGAAAUGAAUCUGGGGAUUUUAAUAGCUUUUUCUUACUUGUAGUAUCACUACUCUAAUGUAUGAUGAAUCUGAUGAAAUUUAUUUUAUAUAUAUAUAUUUCUGUUAAAAUA